AUGUUUAGCAAGUUUGAAUUUGAUAGGAAACUGAAUCCUACUUUUGUGGAAAGGGCAUUUAAGCUCCCAUUAUCAAGCAUACGAGCAUAUCUAAAAGAGUCCUAUUACUCCCAGUCUUUAAAGAACCUCUUUGCUUGUGUUCCGUGUGGGUUCGUACACGUUGGUUCUGCAGGAAUUACCCGACCUGACAGGCCUGGACUUGAUCUAAGUAAACAGCCUCCUGCUGGUAAGAUAUCAAGAGAGGAGGUUGCUCAUAUUUGUGUUGCUGCGUUGGAAAGCCCCUAUGCAUCUGGCGAGACAUUUGAGGUCACAGCCCGACUUAUGUCCCUUAAUUGUGUGCUGUGUGCUGUGGCUGUUAAAAGUGUUGUGCCAUUUAGUGAGCCAUUUACAGUGGACCCUCAAAAUCCACCCCCCGGGAAGGACUACAAUGUUUCCUUUAAAACUUUGAAAGAUGGAAUUACAGGAAAGGAAAUCCUCGAACAAGAUCCUUUAUCAGUCACCAAGGCAGACACGCCUUCUCUCCUGCCGAAGGAAGACACUCUUCCGAGGUGCCAAGCACCUGCCGAAACUCCCGACUGCCAAAGCUCACAAACUGUUAAACCUAAUUCUCAUGACACGUGUCACCACCGCGGCGACUUGCACAGAGUCCCACAUCGGAAAUCUACACCAACCUCCAACUUUCACUUCCCUAUAAAAAGGGAACAGUACCCUAGUAAGAGGGCCCAGCUGGCUCCUUCUCCUAUCCGGCCCCGUCGCCUCUUCUUCACUCCACACUCAGCUAUGCCUACUGAGGAUAGCCAGGGGACUCAGCACCAUACCCCCCAUGGGGGUACCUCCCAGAGAAGACCUUCAGCAGAUGCCAAUCUCCAGGCAGAACUGGAGAGCCUCCGCGCCAGUGUCACCAAGAUGUCUGAGAAAUAUGACAAUCUUCAUGCUAAGAACGUUGAGCUCGAGCAUGACUACCGCACACUGAAGCGUAACUGGGAGAUGAAUCAGACCCAAGGCUCCCAACACAGCCCUACCCAGGUACCUGAGCGUACACAGCCAAACCAGCCGGAGCACUCCCACCACAAUGUCCCAACCCAGCCUAAGCCCAGCAAGGGUAAAGGCCCCCUCUAUCCGGAAACGACCAAGUCGCGGCUUCUCCGCAUUUCCCCACCAAGGAACCGGCCUCAUGAACCAACAAAGGUCUACCGGGAUUGCAGGGACCGUAUCCUGGACCGUCAAACGGAACCCCAUCUUAUCUCUGUUAAUCUCCAAGACCCAAAGAUGAAACACCUGGGCCCCCCGCCAAAGCCUACCCAACUACCCCUUGGAGAAGGUAUAGGGGACUCAGAGAACUGGGGCCAGGGUUACUCAGAAGACUACGAGUCUUAUCACACCGAGGCGUUCGAAGAAUUCUACCCAGCCCAUGGCCACCCACACACCAGACCCCCAGCACCCGAGACUCUCCCUCAUACCGACCCGGCAAUGAGGCUUCUCUUCGAGAAAGUCCGGCGCCUGGAGAGCGAACAUCAGCGCAACCACCAACCUCUCUGGGCAAAGCCACGACCUGGGCCCUUUACCGAACGCAUCCUUAAUUACCACCAGGAGAAGGACAUCCAGCCACUCCGCAUCGCCUUCUACACUGGCACAGAGGAUCCUCUCACCCACAUACAUUCUUUCCAGUCUGCCUUGGGGUGCAAGGGCCUCACUGACGAAGGCAUGUGUCUCCUCUUCCCUUCCACUCUCAGUGGCGCGGCCCUGAACUGGUUUUACAGGCUGAACCCCCGCACUAUCAAUACAUUUGACAGUCUGAAACAGGCCUUCCUGGACCAUUUCAUGAUCCAGACCGAUCGCCUCUACUCCGCGGACGACCUAUACAUGCUUAGACAGGGUGAGGAUGAGCCCCUUCGGGAGUAUGCAGCCAGGUUCAGCCACGAAUACUCCCGCUGCCCAGAUACUGAUGAUCGUGCCGCCUUCGGUGCUUUCAAGAGUGGCCUCCGAGAGUCUAACUUCCGGUACCUGGUCCACAGCAACCCUUGGAACACAUAUGCCGAGCUGAUGAAGCAAGCAGCAGUUCAUGCCAAGGCUGAGUACUUCAACUCCAAGCGCAGCCCAGCCAUCCCGGCGCAUAAUCCUUUUGCUGAUCCUCCACCUGCUUCGGUACCCAUCCCAGCUCCACCCCAACAUUCUGCCCCUGCACCAAGCACCCAGGGUGCCCAACACCCCAAGAGGAAGGAUAGCUACCAGCAUACCUUCAACAAUAACAAGCGGGGCAGACAUGGGAACCACCACCAGUCUAGUGGAAGCAACCCCCCCAGGACAAAUGACCGGGCCCCACUCCCAUUCUCACCCAAACCCAGGUUCGAGGUCUUCACCACCCUCAACACUACCUAUGAGAAUGUCCUAGUGCACGAGGCACCUAUCAUACCUCAGCCUCCACCCCGGAAACCAGGCAGCAAGCCUAUGCCUAACACAGGAGUCUUCUGUCGCUUUCAUCAGUUCGGUGGCCAUGAUACCGAAUCUUGUGUUGCCUUGCGCAACAUCAUUGAGGGACUUAUUCGCGAGGGGAAGCUGGAUAAAUACGUGCACAACCUCCCACCUAACCCUCACCAACGGCAGAUCAACAUGAUCUCAACCAUCAGUGGUGGCCCAACCAUGGCUGGCACCUCCAACAACUCCAUCAAACAUUAUGUCCGCUCUACCUAUGCGCACCAGGUCUUCAGUACUGAGCAGGGACGCUUGCCGAAGACACAAAAAACAGGCUGGGCCCCCAUUACCUUCUGCGAGGAGGAGGAGCGCGGCGUUAUCCUCCCUCAUGAUGACCCAAUCAUUAUCCGCGCCGACAUAUCUAACUUUGACGUUGGGCGCAUAUUGGUAGACACUGGCAGCUCAGUCAGUGUGAUGUUUGCUGAUGCCUUCAAUGAGCUCCAGGUCCCAUCUCAUUUGCUCGACCGAAGCGUCACACCCCUGGUGAGCUUUUCGGGUGAUGUGGUCCAGCCUAUUGGGAGCAUUCAUCUCCCUAUCUCUAUUGGAGCAGCUCCCCAGCGAACGACGGUCACCACUCCCUUCCUCAUCAUUGACUGCCCCACAGCCUACAACGUUAUCCUGGGACGCCCUGCCAUGGCCCAGAUGAAGGUCUUCAUUUCCACACAUAUGUUACUGUUGAAAUUUCCUACCCCCUAUGGCACGGGCACUGCGCGCGGUGAUCAACUGGGCGCCCGAAGCUGCUAUGCUUCAGCAGUAAAGUCUACUAAUCGCCAACAUAGGGGUGAGGCCCUAGCAGUAACCCAGGCCCUAGCCCCACCUCGAGCUGGCACUGAGCGCCCAGAGGACCCCAGGGAGGAAUCUGCCACCCAACAGGCCGAACCUGUGGAGGACCUUGAACUGGUCACUCUCCAUGAGGAUAUCCCGGAUCGACAGGUCAGGAUCGGCACCUCCCUCUCACAAGAGCUUCGCUCUGAUCUUAUUGCCUUCCUCCGCCUCAACUCUGAAGUCUUUGCUUGGUCUUACAACGACAUGCCGGGCAUAUCACCUGACGUCAUCUCCCAUAGGCUAAGCAUUAAUCCUGUCGUCCGACCCGUUCGGCAGAAGCGUCGUGCUUAUGACCCAGAGCGGUAUGAGGCCAUGAAGGCGGAGGUGGAUAAGCUGAGCACCAUUGGUUUCAUCAAGGAGGUGGAUUAUCCCACCUGGCUAGCCAAUGUGCUAGUUGACGCCACAGCUGGCCAAGCCCUCCUCAGCUUCAUGGAUGCUUACUCAGGGUACAACCAGAUCUUCAUGCAUCCUGAGGACCAAGCUCAUACAUCCUUCAUCACCGACCGUGGCCUUUACUGCUACAAAGUCAUGCCAUUCGGCCUCAAGAACGCCGGGGCUACAUAUCAGCGUCUGGUGAAUAGCAUCUUCGCUCCACUCAUUGGCAACACCAUGGAGGUUUAUGUUGAUGACAUGCUGGUCAAGAGUCGCACUGCUGACCAGCACAUCCCCAACCUCUCUGCCACGUUCACCAUUUUGAAGCAGUAUAGGAUGCGGCUCAACCCCACCAAGUGUGCAUUUGGGGUGGCCUCCGGCAAAUUCCUUGGCUUCAUGAUCAGCCAAAGAGGUAUUGAGGCCAACCCAGAGAAGAUCCAGGCUAUUUUGGACAUGACGAUACCCAAGACGGUCAAGGACAUUCAGAGCCUUACUGGGCGUGUCGCAGCCCUGACCAGAUUUAUCUCUAAGGCCACUGAUCGUUGCGCCCCAUUCUUCAAGGCACUUAAGGGUAGCAAGCGCAACAUCACCUGGACUGCAGAAUGUGACCAGGCAUUCGGCGAGCUCAAGGCAUACAUGAGCCGAGCCCCUUUAUUGUCAACCCCUGAGUCUGGGGACGUCCUCACCAUCUACCUUUCUGUCUCGGCUACAGCGGUUAGCUCAGUGCUCAUUCGACCACAUGAAGGUGCUGAGCAUCCGGUGCACUAUGUGAGCAAAGGAUUGCAAGAUGCGGAGAUUCGAUACCCAGACAUUGAGAAACUUGCUUUCGCCCUGGUGGUUUCGGCUAGACGCCUCCGGCCAUACUUUCAAGCUCACACCAUCCAUGUCCUAACCAACCAACCACUCAGGCAAGUGUUGCAGAAGCCAGAGACUUCUGGGAGGUUAGUCAAGUGGGCCAUUGAACUUGGUGAGUUUGAUAUCCACUACAAACCCCGCCAAGCCGCAAAGGGCCAAGCCGUGGCUGAUUUCAUAUCUGAAUUCACCGAACCCCAUACUCUGGCCAGUCCUCAGAUUGCAAUCACGCCUACUCCUACCUCGAACCAGGUCCAUGUCGCCAGCAACGGCUCCCUAGACUUAACUCAGCCCUUGUGGACCUUGUAUGUGGAUGGCUCUUCCAAUGCCCAGGGAUGUGGAGCUGGCCUCGUUCUCAUAUCCCCAGACAAGGUUGCCCUUGAGUACGCCCUCCGCUUCAAAUUCCACGCCUCCAACAAUGAGGCCGAAUACGAAGCACUCUUAGCCGGCCUUCGCCUAGCCAAGGAAAUGGGCGCCAAGCAAAUCCAAAUAUUCAGCGACUCGCAGCUUGUUGUCCACCAAGUCAACCAGGACUUCACGGCCAAGGACAUCUCCAUGACAGCCUACCUCCAACAUACCCGCCACCUGCUUACAACUUUCAAUGCUUAUCUCAUAGGCCAGGUGCCACGCUCUGAGAACAGUCAUGCUGAUGCAUUGGCAAGGCUAGCCUCGGCGAUGGAGCAGGGCAUAGGUCGAAACAUCCACAUCGAGUUCUUGGACCAGCCCAGUACACGGGCACCACUCAUUUGUGUCAUUGAUCAAAGCCCUACAUGGAUGGACCCCAUCACUCAGUUCUUGCAGAACCAGACACUACCUGCUGAUCCUGCUGAAGCGCGGCGUGUUCGCUAUCGUUCCGCCCGAUACUUGAUCAUCAAUGGUGCCCUAUACAAGCGCGGCUUCAGCCUCCCCUACCUUCGGUGCUUGACCCCAGAGGAAGGUACCUAUGUCCUGAGAGAGAUUCAUGAGGGUAUCUGUGGCAACCACUCAGGCGCUCGCUCCCUAGCACACAAGAUCAUUCGGCAGGGAUACUUUUGGCCAUCACUUCACACUGAUGCCCAGACCUUCACCCAGAAGUGCGAUAAGUGUCAGCGAUUUGCCAACAUCCCACAACUUCCAGCUGAGCCAUUGACAGCCAUGGUCAGUCCUUGGCCAUUCGCCCAAUGGGGACUUGACCUCAUUGGACCUAUGCCUGAGGGCAAGGGCCAAGUCAAGUAUGCAGUUGUAGCUGUGGACUACUUCACCAAGUGGGUUGAAGCUGAGGCCUUAGCCACCAUCACUGCAGCCCGCAUUGAAACUUUUGUUUGGCAAAACAUCGUCUGUCGCUUUGGCAUCCCCAACACCAUCGUCACAGACAAUGGCCGGCAAUUUGACAACGCAAAGUUCAAGCAAUUUUGUUCCAACCUCAAGAUAAAGCUUUGCUUCGCCUCCCCAGCCCAUCCUCAAUCUAAUGGCCAGGUGGAAGCUGUGAACAAGAUCAUCAAGAAAACUCUAAAAACUAAGCUUGACAAAGCUAAGGGUUGCUGGCCGGAGCUACUCCCAGAGGUUCUCUGGUCUUAUCGCACCACCUUCCGGACCUCAACAGGAGAAACACCUUUCUCUCUCUCCUUUGGUACCGAAGCAGUGGCACCAGUGGAGAUUGGCCAGCCCACAUACCGCACCUCCACCUAUGAGGCCGAGGCCAAUGACGAGCAGCUAGCCCUGAACCUCGACUUCAUUGACGAGCUUCGUGACCAGUCCAACAUGCGCAAUGUCGCGUACAAACAGCGCAUCGCUAAGUACUACGACUCCCGAGUCAAAGCCCGUGCUUUCAAACUUGGGGACUGGGUCAUGCGCAAGGUUUCCUUGGCCACCAAGAAUCCCACUGAAGGUACCUUGGGCCCAACAUGGGAAGGUCCUUAUGAGGUUACCAAAGUCUGCCGCCCCGGCACUUAUCAGCUUCGUGACACCAAGGGCAAGACCUUGCCUCAUCCUUGGAAUGCUGAUCACCUCAAGUACUACUAUAAGUAA